AAACACGAACCGUUAGAUUUAGAUCGCCGCAAAAACCCUAACUUCCUUCAUCAUCUUUCCCAAACACUCUCCGAAACAGAGAACAUUUUGAGUUUUUAUCUAAAGCUAAAUCCUUUGAGCAACAAUGGUGAAGGCAACAAAAGCAGAGAAGAAGAUAGCGUAUGACACAAAACUAUGUCAGCUUAUCGACGAAUACACUCAGAUCUUAGUCGUUGCGGCGGACAACGUCGGAUCGACUCAGCUUCAGAACAUCAGGAAAGGUCUUCGUGGAGACUCAGUGGUUCUCAUGGGUAAGAACACUAUGAUGAAACGUUCCGUUAGAAUCCACUCCGAGAACUCUGGAAACACUGCAAUUUUGAAUCUGCUUCCCCUCCUUCAGGGAAACGUUGGUUUGAUCUUCACUAAAGGUGAUCUCAAGGAAGUGAGCGAGGAGGUUGCCAAAUACAAGGUUGGUGCUCCUGCUCGUGUGGGUUUAGUUGCUCCUAUUGAUGUGGUUGUUCAACCUGGCAACACUGGUCUUGACCCAUCUCAAACAUCGUUCUUCCAGGUGCUUAACAUUCCCACUAAGAUUAACAAGGGUACUGUUGAAAUUAUCACCCCUGUGGAGCUUAUCAAGCAAGGUGACAAGGUUGGGUCUUCUGAGGCUGCCCUUCUAGCUAAGCUUGGCAUUAGGCCUUUCUCGUAUGGUCUAGUUGUUCAGUCGGUUUAUGAUAAUGGAUCAGUCUUCAGUCCAGAGGUUCUUGAUCUUACUGAAGAUCAACUUGUUGAAAAGUUUGCUUCUGGUAUCUCUAUGGUCACUUCCUUGGCUCUAGCUGUUUCUUACCCUACCCUUGCGGCUGCACCGCAUAUGUUCAUCAAUGCCUACAAGAAUGCUUUAGCUAUUGCUGUUGCUACUGACUACACUUUCCCUCAAGCAGAGAAGGUCAAGGAAUUCUUAAAGGAUCCCAGCAAGUUUGUUGUUGCUGCAGCGGCAGUGUCUGCGGAUGCAGGUGGUGGUAGUGCUCAAGCUGGAGCUGCAGCUAAGGUAGAGGAGAAGAAAGAAGAAUCAGACGAAGAAGACUAUGAGGGUGGUUUCGGUUUGUUUGACGAAGAGUAGGUUUUGUCUAUAAGGUUUUACCUUUUUUUGUGGUGGCUUAUAGUUAUAAUCUAAGUGUUGCUUCGUUUGUAGUAAGGCUGAUCUCAAAUGUUUUUGGUUUCAAGACAAUUCAGAUUUUAUGUUUGGAAAGACUUUUAUCUACCAACUUCAAAAGAAAUGUUAGUUUUUUUCUUUAUACCUGAACAAAAUUUAUUGACUAAAAUAUUAGCCAACGUUACAACUUACAACUGUCAACUAUAUGAGUU